UAAUGAAACGAUAAAACAAUUUGUUCCUCAUAUUCAAACAACCACCACGAUGCCCUUGCAAAUCCCCCACCCAAACACCCCACUACAUCUCUACAGACACCUACUACGAGAAGCCACAUAUCUUCCUCCUCUCUGUAGACCGUGGGUAACUUCGCGCAUAAAAGCUCGUUAUCGCGACUGUCAAUAUGCGAGAGAGCCCAAACGCUACAUCAAGGAUGCUCACCACCAUCUCCGAAAUUUCCGCUCCGCCAACGAUGGCAAUGUCAAACGCCUGCUACGACUAUGCUAUAUGGCAACGGGAAGGGCUGGGAAACGACGCCGUCUCUUAGGAAGAUCCGAACUAUCUAGCGAACCUGCUGCUACCUCUGCCGAGCUAGACGAGAAAACCAUCCUUGCUAACCUCAACGAACAACAAUUCCGCGACUGGAUGGAUAACUGGGAUAUUGAAAAGGUCAAGGCCAUUGCGCAAUCGCAGGUCGAGCGAAGCGAGAAAGACCUGCCACACCAAAUGCGCCGUAUAAUCGACCCGAAGAAAUCCAUCCCAACCGAGAAUAGUUUCGGUCGCCCAUUAGCCAAGAAGUUGGCCCGGAACAAGUUAAAGAAGCACUGGGCCCAAGUUCUGCGUCAGCUGUUACCACCCUUACCUCGGGGAGAAUGGGAUCGGUUAGGUUCGUUGUCACGAGGUAAAGCCGAUCCUCAGCAUUAUAAGUUACCCACGAGAAGACCGGUUGCACAACUAAUGGCACAGGAGGAUUCCCCUGAUCCAGACGACAAGUUACCGUUUUGGGCGAAUCUCGUGACUAGACCGAUGCGGAUGAUACAGAGGCCAAAUUCUCGGAAGAUGAAGAGCCUUAGUGGCGGUGAAGAUGAGGAUCCUCGAGGGCACGGCCGCAAAAUCGGCGUUCGAGUCAUGAAUCACAGAAAAAUGCGGCGUGGCAUAUAUCUCAAAGUAUGGGAGGCAUCUCCUAUAGUCGACAAGAAUCCCCGCACAGGACGUUGGAACGUCACUUGGGGCAAUCACCAGCCGAAGGUAUCUCGCCCCAGGAACAAGGAUCUACAGUUCUUCCAGGGUGUCAACGAGUCUGGCCUACCUAUACAGUCAACGCCCACAAGGAAAGAGACCACAACUUGAGUACGGAUACGUCCAAACUUUUAUAAGACUAAAGACC